AUCAUCAUCAUCAUCAUCAUCAUCCUCCUGCUGGACCACCGUGCUGCUGCCAAACGCACCAAAUCCGGGACUACACUCCGAUUGCGCGCAUUCAGGAGGAUCUUUUUUUUUUUUUUAAAUAGGUGUGAGAAUCCAUCGAGUCUGCAAAACUUCUAGCCCAGGAAGGACCCCCGCCGGACCCCCAAAGAAGCGAUGGCGUUCAUGGUGAAGCACGUGGUGGGGGGCCAGCUGAAGAACCUGACGGGCGGGCUGACGGAGGAGAAGCCCGAGGCGGAGAAGACGGACGCGGCGGCGCAGGGGAUGACCCAGGAGGAGUUCGAACAGUACCAGCAGCAGCUGGAGGAGGAGAAGCAAGAACGAGAGGCCAGCGUCGCCCAGAAGAAAGCGGAGAGAGCCACAGUGAGGAGUCAUUUUCGGGAUAAGUACAGACUACCAAAGAACGAACUGGACGAGACACAGAUCCAGCAGGCGGGCGACGACGUGGUCCUGCCCACCGAGCUGGCCAAGAUGAUCGCCGAGGACGGCCAGGAGGAGGCGCACAAGCAGUCGGUGCUGGGACAGCUGUCCAACCUGCAGAACGUGGACAUGGACCAGCUGAAGGACAAGGCCCAGGCCACGCUGGAAGACCUGAAAAAGCAGACGGAGAACUGCAGCCUCAUGUGAUGUUGUGACGAUGAGUGACGGCAUCCGAAGGGGCGGAGCUUCUGGGAAGGAGGAAGUAGCACGUUUGGCUCAUUUACAGUAGGGAAGGGAUUCAUACCGCCCCAUUCCUGGGUGGAUCAUUUUGGCAAUGUAGUCUGCUGAAAAUGAUGGAAAGGUCCACGCUACAUAGCAACUGUGGUCAAAGUUGGAAUUGCCACAAAGCCCAUAUUAAGAUAUUCAACACUCUACGGCCUAAGUGAAUAGUGCACACCCCAAAUUCGUCACGUUUCACGUGUCAGGUAAACCGCGACGAACGGGGCCAUAUGAAUCCCCUUCCUAAUGUAUUUCUUAACGUUUAAUUUGGCCAAGUUUCCACAAAACAGUUUUAUGUUUCCAACAAAACAACUGGUCUGUAACAAUUUUGGGUGAUUUUUUUUACAACAGCGCCGAAAAAUACGGAAGAAAUAAUUUGACAAUGACGACAUUUUUUUGUUUUUUUUACAACUGCAAAGGAGCCAUUUUGCGUUUCGUGUUCACAGACAAUGUUUUAAAUCGAGUUACACUCCGACACAAAGUUUUUUUUGUGCCAUGACACAAUCUAGUAAAAACGUUUUUUGUUUUCUUAACAAGUGGCAUUAAAACAGACGUACAGAAAACGUUGUAAUGCCCAUAGCAGGCCACUAGGAGGCGAUGACACACUUCUUAUGUACGAACAAACUACUUUACCUCGCAGAUCUUAUCGAAAAAUUUCGCCUUUGUCGACGUUUAGAGUUUGACGUACAGUACGUUAACUAAAUGCCCGCUAGAGUACUUGAAACGGUACAAGAACAAGUUCCGACAUUUUUUGGCACGCUAAUGAGUAUCCUUGGUUUAUCCGGCCGCACUGUACACGGUAACACUGACAGGGACGUCGUUACCAUGAAAACAAACCACAACAAGACCAUAUUUUCUGCUUAAUUCUAGAGAGAAAAAAACUUAAACAUUUUAGGAAAAUGGCCGAAAUGAUAGCUAACUAACACUAGCGGCUAGCUUGUUUGUGGGAGAGUAGCUAACAUGUGAAUUUAAUAAUAAUACAUUUGAAUUAUAGUGCAUUUUACAUUUCAAUGACAUCUCAAAGUGCUAAAGUAAAUCAUUUGGGUAGCAAAAAAAUGAUAAUAACAAAUAAGAGACAAUAAAGCCAGACUUUUUGCUGUUGUCCAGCAAGUAAGUCCCGCCUCUCUGAUAGGACAUUACCCGUGUGAAAGUGGCCGCUUUUAACAAACGCAUACCUUUUUUUUUUUUUGUCGUUUACUCAAACCUUUCUUUUUAAAUAAUAACGGGCCUCUUUUUGGACUUUACUGUGUGCAAUAAAUAUUCUGCACAUUAAGAGCAUCUUGCAGCAUUACACCAUCUUUGCUGCACCAUCUACAAGCAGGAAGUGUGCUCUUUGUGUACAGUUUGUGUUCGUCCCCCAAACUGUGCACCCCCGGGAGGACAGCUGUCUUAAUGAAAUACUGUAAACGCUCUGAUUAUUAUUAUUUUAUAUUAUUAUUAUUAUUAUUAUUAUCACAUUACAAACACAAGGAGGGCGAAAAGUCAACCCAGGUUGUAACAGCGUUAAGGAACAAACUGCCCUCUCAGCAUUAAUAGCGCAAGCAGAGGAAGAUAAUGCAAAUAACGCCAUCUUGUGGAGUUCUUUCAAAAGAAAAUACAUCAGGAGGUCGCCUACAGCCGCAGCCCUUCAUGCUUUUUGCUUUAGUAGACUGUUUUCAUUAGUGGUUCUCAAACUUUUUCCCACCUCAGAAAACACUCGGCUCUCCAAGAACCACCAUAAUGACCAGCAUUACAAUACAGUAGCGUGGUAGGCCUAAGUAUUCAUUAAAAAGAAUGCAGAGAUUUUAUUUAACCUCUAAAGGCCUUAGUGGCCACAUGCGUGGACAGCACCUUUUAGCUCUUAUUUCCAAAAUUGUGUACACUACUGAAUUGGGAUCUUAUGCCGACAUAUGGACACUUAUACUGCCACACCACUUAUACUGGUGGUGUCAGAAGAGUACAACAUACAAUGGAAUUUGGGGAAAAAAAGUGUAAAAAUAAAACUUUGCAUGUCACUACACAUGAAGUACACGUUUGUGUACUUAUGGACUAAGUACAUCAUAUUAAAAGAUUAUUUUUAGUUUUUAUUCUACUGAGGGUCCAAUAAGCCCAAAUAGCAAAGAGAAAUAAAAAAAGCAUGAAAACAAACAGCUUGGGCCUUAAGAGGUUAAGAAGUAUAUAUAUAUUGUUUUUCGGCCACUGUGACAUUAUACACGGUUUGAACAGUAACACUGUGUUUGGAUGUAGGAAAAUAAAACACUGUACUUUCAUCAAGUGAUUCUUUGGCGUACCACUAGAUCAGGGGUCGGCAACCCAAAAUGUUGAAAGAGCCAUAUUGAACUAAAAAUAACCAAUACAAAAUUAAAUUAAAGGCCUUAUAUAGGUCUUAUAAUGCAGGCAACACAUGAUGUAAGUGUCUAUAUUAGCUAUUAACGAUCAAAAUGACUAUGUUUCGCAGGCUGACGCAUUUCUUUGUUGAUAGAAAUGUUGAAAUGUAAUAUUUAUUCUACACAUUUUUGCAACAUUUGAAAACAUUAGUAAAACACAUACGGCUAGCCUAAGUAGCAUGUUAGCAUCGAUUAGCUUGCAGUCAUGCACUGACCAAACGUGCCUGAUUAGCACGCCACACAAGUCAAUAACAUCCACAAAGCUCACCUUUGUGCAUUCACGCACAGCAUGAAACGUUUUUUGGACAAAAUGAGACACACAAAAAAAAGGAGUGGCAUAAAAACACGUCUUUCUGUGGCAGCUACAUGUAAACAAACUAUACGGUGCGUUCAAGGACCGCCAGAAAUUAGUAGGACAAAACGGCAGAGUCCUCUCAUCAGUGAAGCAUGUUUAAUGUAAACAGUGGUAUUUCUGACAGUUAGGAAGGUUUGUGUCACGUUUUCUCUCUUUCAGAAACAAUAUUAAAACAAAAAUUCAAUUUUUUCCAUCAUCUUUUCCAUUUUCAUAAUUUUUUUAAAAAGGCUCCAUGGAGCCACUAGGGCGGCGCUAAAGAGUUUGAGAACCACUGGACUCCAGGCAUUAACCGGAGCAUUUACGGUAUGUAAAUAUGAAUAAUAAAAAAUAUAUAUAUAUAUAUAUAUAUAUAUAUUAUAUAUAGUAUUAUAUAUAUUAUAUAUAUAUAAUAUAUAUAAUAUAUAUAUAUAUAUUAUAUAUAUAUAUAUAAUAUAUAUAUAUAUAAUAUAAAAAAUAAAAAGCUGCUGUAAGGCGUUAGAGGCCAAAGGUUUUGUUGUAAAAAAAAAAAGCGUGUCCGAUAUCCGUGUGGCGUUAUUUAUGUCGUUAAUGUCCGGGGAGGGGGCGCGUCACCUUUAACCCCUCACGCCCGCAACCGCCGUGUCCUAGUGGUGCCGUUAUCGUAUCGAUGGAUUGCUGUCGUUCAGCCCGUGUUGACGUGACGUCUCGGUGAACCGCUCCUUCGUGGUUUUUGUUGUGCGUGCGGCGGUGGCGCCAAGGCCUGCCCACUUUAGUUCCGCCGUGUAAAUUAGUGCGUAUUUUCAGUGCGAAACGUGUCGUUAUCCGUCGGGGACGAAAGCGUCGGGGCGUUUGUGACGCGUCUCGAUGCUUUUGUCCGUCACAUGAAAAAAAAAAAAAAAAAAAGGUGAGCUUCUUGUCGUGUGAUAGCACAGCAGUAGAAGAAAAAGUAGCAAUAAGUCGUUUUUUUCUAACAUGGCUACUACUGUAAUA